AAAACACCUUUGAUGCUAUCUUACCACCGUGGCGUGAUUAAUCUAUUGCUAGACAGCGGGGCGGAUGUCAACAAAAGGGUAGAUAACUCGACACAUCUGCUGAACCUGCUGUCGAGAUCUUACAUCAACCAACUUCGAUCGAAACUGGGUCUGAGUCCCUUCAGUACUGACUAUGCUAGAGAUCGCGCAGUUCUUUUUGAUCACCUGGGCCAAACCAUGUUAUUGCUUCUGCAGCAUGGUGCAAAUGUUGACGACGCUGAUAGCAGAGGAAGGACUGCUCUCAUCAUGGCCUCGGAAAUGAACAGCACGGGAGAUAUGCUUAAACUGCUUCUGUCUUUCGAGUCAAAUAUCAACCGACAGGACGUGAGUGGGAAGACAGCGCUACAUCACGCCAUAGAACGAGGCAUGUCAGAAAACUUGAGAAUCUUAAUCGACAGUGGAGCCGACGUCAACCUCAUCACGAAAGAUGGGCUCUCGCCGAUCCACCAGUGUAUGAAAUAUUCCAUGCACGGACAAGGUUUGACCAUGUUGCUGGACAACGGUGCGGAUGUUAACAUGGAGGAUGAAGCUGGGAACAACGUUCUGAUGGCCGCAUUGCAUAUCGGCUGUAGUACUGGUCUCAUCGAAAGGUUGAUCACUGCUAGGGCGGACGUGAAUCACCGAAACAAGGAGGGCCUCACGCCACUUAUGCUGGUUUCACAGCGUUCCCCUAAUCUUGAGAUUUAUAAAAUUUUGCUUGAAGCCCACGCUGACAUUAAAAGAGUGGCUGGGACAGAACGAAACCGCAAAACGGCCCUAUCUAUUCUGUUAAACACACACGGGUUGGACGAAAUCAGGAACGCAGAAUUUCUAUUGGACCAUGGGGCCACUUCCGUUUUCAUCAAUCCGGAAAUACUUCAUAGGGCAAUUAUUUUAGGUGAGGAAAAUCUUGUUGGGAAAUUGAUUCUUAAAGGUCUUCCUUCGGCUAAUAUCAGAUUUAGACGCAGACUGACGGCCUGGCGGUCUAGAUACCUCUCCCCACUCUCCGUGGCUCUACUCAUGGAGAAAACACAUUUGGUUCACUAUUUUCUAGACAUUGCUUUCUUAACAGAAUCGGACAUUCCCACACUUUCCAGAAACGCGUCAGUCCUAGACACUAUUUUCUCAUUCAAUGAAAGGUGUUUUCCGUUAGUUCAAGAAAUAUCAUCAAGGCCCUUGGCCUUAUCAACGCUUUCCUUCAUAAAAAUCUCCGCUGCUCUUGGAACAGACGAUAGAGAGGAAAAGGUCAGUGCCACACAACUGCCCAUGAUUCUCCAAGAAAGACUUCUGUUCAGAACGAAACCCCUUCCAGUA